AUGGAGGCGGAGGGAGGCGCCCGAUUCGGGCAGUACAUUCACCUCAGAGCACCGAUACGAGUGAAGCCAUUCUCAAGUGGGCCAGUGCUGUACAAGGUGCAGAAUGAAAGCGCCCAGGUGACCUGUCGCUACAGCGGCUAUCCACGGGGACACAUCACCUGGAUUGUCGGAAAUCAAAAGCUGAAUGAGAAUGAGCUGCGCUACGAGCUGGGCAUCGAGCUGCAGGCCAGCGAGGAGGCGAAUGACACUCUGGCGAUUGACCACCUGCAGAUGGACCUGCACAACACUGCCCUCACCUGUCGGGUGGACAACACGCUCACCGCGGACGAGGAAACGCUGCUGCUCAACGUCAGAGAAAACGAAGUGUACAUUAACGGUCCUCAUGUCCUGGCUGAGAAGCGGGAGUUGAGGAUCCAGUGCAAUAUUAGUGAGCACACAAAUUCAGAUAGGAGUCAAGUUAGAUGGUACAAAGACAAUAGAAACAUUGAUGAGAUAGACGAACUGCGAGAUCGUGUUGAAGUAGAACACAUUCAAAGCUCAAGGCAGUGGACCUUAGUAAUCAAAGAUGCCGAAAUUGGUGAUGUGGGAAACUACACCUGUGCUCACAAUGUCAACAAUCUCAACGCCACGACGAGGGUGCGAAGCCGGCCCUUGCUGUAUCCGUUUGAGGAGUUCCAGGCGACCAACUACAAGUCGGCGAACGUGGUGGAGGGGGAGCGCUUCUCGCUGCGCUGCGCCGUGGCGCCCGGCUACGAACGUGACGCCCGUCUGCAGUGGUUCACGUACAGCGAGGAGGAGGCCACCGGGGACAGCGGCACUGAGCCACCCCCAGCACACCUCCUCACGCCCAUCAACGACACACAUGCUCACAUUCGCAUCGAGGCCAACUACAGCAGUGACAGCAGUGGGAGUUCGACUGGAAGUAGUUCUGGUCUCAGCACCAGUGCCAGUACCAGCGGCAACAAUGGCGGCAGUGAUGGCAGGAGUGGCAGCAGUGCCAGCGUCCUCGUCAGUGUGCUCACCAUUGCCGCGGUACGGCGGGAGGACCGGGCGUACUACGUGUGCAAGGCGCACAAUGAGGUCGUCUCAUUCAACAACACCAUCCUCCUCAGGGUGAAGGAUCGCCUGGCCGCCCUGUGGCCCUUCAUCGGCAUCGUCUGCGAGGUGCUCAUCCUCGUGCUGGUCAUUUUUGUGUACGAGAAGCGGCGAAUCAAGCCGGACUUUGAUGAGCCCGACAGUCACAACCGCAACCAGAACGAUGAAGG